CGGAUUUUAAAGGUGUGGCAAUCUUUUAAAGAAGAAUAAACCCCGCCAUGGGGAGGAGGAAGAUGAUCUGAGCUCCCUCCCCAAGCUCUGUCUAGGGGAUCUGAGCAAUAAAGUGGAGAAUAGUGUAUGGAGGGGGUGUUGUAUGUGAACAAAGUUUCGUAUCUCAAAAUGCGAGGGAGUCAUCGAUGGCCCAAAGCCAGGCUUGUCUUUGCUUGCUUUGGCAGGAGAUCAGGAGCAGAAGCAGCCUCAGCAGCCAUAGAAAUAUAGAAUGAUUGAAAGAAGGUGACGAAAAAUAUCGAAGGAAAUUGAUACCAAUCAUCAUAGAUGGAUAUGACAAAGUGCUCACGAACUACAACAACGAGGAGGUGCCCAUAGUACCGUACGAAGAGAGGGGGCAUUGGGCUUGACAGACAGGAAAGGGAUCUGUCAUCACAUCGUCGUCGAUGCCUGGACAGAGAGUGAAUGAGAACCGGGUGAGUGAGGUCAGAAAUUGAUGCCAGCCAGAUGCAAACGCUAAACCCUGGCAGUGAAUGGCACGCUCUUCGUUCGACAUUGCGGGUGCCAAGGAGUUCACGCAUGGUUUGGAUCGAUUGUAUCUUACUGGUCGAAGAUAUUUUACCUUUCAAAAUUCUUUAAACCUCUAAUUCUGGCACAGAGAAAUCUGUCCUCCCCCGACGAGGACCAGAACGUUGGUGCGUACUGUCGCGUAAGCUGUUCAGCAAGGUUUUGGUGACAAAGAACUCGUUAGUUUUCGGACCUCAGUUCAUGAGGUCGUCGAGGCAUUGAGUCGUGUCACAACUUCGCGAAGUGGGACCGCUGUGGGCUUUCAUACUUAGGGUUACAGAAAUUACCUUGUGAGCAAAAACCUGGGCUCUAACACUACAAGACUUUCGAACUCUACACAUUGGAACUUCUGUGACUCUCAGACUGUAGUGACCAGAAAUUGCUGAGGUCGGAGAGAUUCUGGAGCGUUUUUGGAAAAUAAUCCGCGCCACUGGGAGUCAUGGAGUAGGAGACGAUUUUUUUUACUCAGUAUUACACUGCUCGUGAACACAAAUUUUGUGAAUGUGGCGGGACAGCAGCGGAGUCUAAUUUCUACAGUAGCGGAGCUCUUGUUCGUAACAUGUUUUUCAACUCCGGAGAACACGAAGCGAUCAAGUCGAACAUUCGUCGUCUUGGAGCUAGCUUCAGUUACUGUGAUUGAAUUUUCAACAGCUUGCUCCUACAUGCGUCGAGGAUAUGUUUAGGGUUUACCUUCACGAAGUUAUUCCGGUGCAGAGAGCAGGAUAGUGCUGUUUGGAAGAGUUCUGAACUCCACAUUAAAACUCCUCGAUUGGUGGAUGGUCUAGUUUACACAUGCGCUACUUGGCAAGAGUUGCUGUUCUGUACUACCGACUAUUUAUCACUUACUUCUGCAGAUUCUAGGAGUAUGGCGAGCUUGGCUGCAUAAGUCGGUUACUCUAGCCUGGUUGUUUUUUCAAAAUAUAGUUGUUCAAUCAGCAUAUGAAAUGGGGCAUUUACACUUGCCCAUCUUCUGCGACACGGAGCGAAUUGACCAUGCAUGGAGGUGCACUGAUGAGUAGUCAUGUUGUGUCCAGUAUAGAAAGGCCAGCCUGGGCAGCUCCACAUUUUUGCCAUUGUACGGAGUGAAUGCCGAAUUGUUUCAGGAAUCAACAUGGGUUGUUUGUGGUCAAAGACCACAUGAUUUCGUGCACUCCCGGCACCUAAUAAUAAGUCUGUGGUGCCCAACUGAUUGAUUUUUAUCCGUGGUUCGAACCACAUUUAGGGAGAAGAGAGUAAGACAUCUCAGUACCUUACUUGGCGUUUACAGCUCGGGUGUCAGAGCUGUGGUGUUUGGGAUGAGCCCUGAGAAGGAGGGGUUCCAAAGGGUGAUGAGCGGACAUGAGUAGGUUGUCUUUCAGGCCCCGCCCAUUAGACAUUCACAAGAAGCUACCUAUCGUCAAGUCAGUGAAGGACCUUGACAGUGAUGAAGGCCCAGGAGUGUCUCGGACUGUGCAUCAUAAUCACAUCGCCUUGGAUGCUGAAAAUGAGCUGGUGUUGUCUACUCCCACACGACGAGGAGGUGCGGAAAUCCCAACCCCGCAGUUUGUGGUGGUGGAAUCAUAUGAGAGAGACUAUACACGCUCUUUUAAUCAGCCUCCAUCAUAUCUUCGCGGUCGGGGAGCAAGGAGUGAAGCAACAGAGUUUGUGGAAUAUGACCUGGAUGACGAAGAUGAAGAUUGGCUUUUGCAGCUUAAUGCGGAGCGCAGGAUUUUGUCUCCAGAAAGGUUUGAGUGGAUGCUCUAUAGGUUGGAGUGUAUGGAUCACAAAGCACGAGAACGAACAGGAGGAGUGCCUGCCACUCAGGGAGUCGUGGUGCCCGUACUACUCCAACGUGAGGUUGCCAUUGACACGCUGCGACCUCAGAUCAGUCGGCAAGCUGUCCUUACAGCAGUGUACGAUUUCUGGAAGUCUAAGCGAGAUCGUUGGCAGAAGCCUAUAUUACGUCGCCUACAGCCGCCCCCACCGGUGAAUGAUACCAACCCUUUCAAUGUUUUCAGGCCAAGGGAAAAGGUUCACAGGCCCCACACUCGACGAAUGCAAAGGCGCGAGAAUGAUGUCUCGUCCUUCGAGAAAUUGCGGCAGGUCCGGCUGAACUUGGAACAAUCCAGAAACUUAAUCCUGGCCUUACAGAAGAGGGAAGAGAAGAAGAGAGAACUGAUGGAGUGUGAAGCAAACCUUCAACGCGUCCAACUAAGGCUUAAGCAUGAUGCGCGACUUGACGACGAUGGGUUUUUGGCUACGAAUACAUCGAACUCACAACCUUCCCGAAAGUUCGUGCCAUCAAAACGAGGAGAGGACGGUCAUGGUUUAGUUCAAAGGUACGGUAGUGGAGUUGGGGCACAAGAUCAAAUAGAUGGACAGGGUGUUGGUGUGCGAAAUCCCUCCGAGGUUCCUACAGCUUCAGGUGAUUGCAUAGUAGGAGAUCAAAUGGACCGUUUGAAACACAAACGAAAGAGAAGGCGGUUGCCUGUUCCAAGAGGUCGACCCAUGCGGAGGAUCAAAGUCAUGGAUUCAUUGGAGCCUGUGUUACUGUUUACUAAGCCUUUAGAUUCAGAGAAGCUCGCUGCUGCCGGCAUUAACCCUCCCAAAGAACCUUCUCUUGAAAAUGGUUUGACUGCAUCACCUUAUCAGUUUCAUGGUAGAAUUGGUCGGGGGGGCCGCAUUAUCUUUGAUCGUUGGAACCCCUUAACUCGCACACCAAUUGGUAGUUCUAGUGUAGUUCCUUCACCCUCAACUUUUAGGACGUCACCAACUGCAGAGAGGUUUCAUGCUCCGCCACCCCCAAGGCUGGAUGUGCAUGCAACCACUCCCCUUCACUCAAACAAUACUCCUGUUGCCGGAGUGGUUGAACAUACGUCAAGUACAAAUGCCCCACCUCCUUGAAUUUCGGUGCUGGCUUUUAGACACGAUUUACUCAGAGCAUGAGGAGAGGCAGGGCGAUGGUGGGAAUCAGAGCCAUUACUCCUCUGCAGUGUAGGGCCUUCAUUGAUGCUCUACGUUUGUACUACUAACUUGUUCUUUUUGUGCAUAUCCUGUUUAUGGAAAUGUGUCGCCCCAUGGCUGCUCUUCAGUUUUUCCAACCAAUCGAGCCGCUGCAGUCUUCAAAGAUGGUUUGACACAACAUACUCAAUUUAUCCCUGGUUCUGGUGACUGAGAGUUUUAGUACUUAUCAAUCUUGUAUGACUAAUCACUUCAAAUUUUUUGAUAGUUAUAACGGAUGCUUUCUUUAUAGAGUUGUUGUCUGUGUGCCACUAACUUCCAUGUGGGUUUUUCUUGAGUUGGCCUCGUUGAUGAGUCGAAUCCCUGAGUUUAUACAAAUCAAGAUAUGUAUCGUAGAGCUUUGCCCCUGAUUUCGGUCGAAGUCCAUGUCACAUGUUCGACGCAAUGUUAUCAUAGUUUCAUUUCGCAAGAAAUCAAAAUGAGAGUCGGGGAGCUGGCGUUUCAAUGUUUACUUCCUAUGGUUAUACAAAAUAAACGAAACAAUUUUGGUCUUAAGCUGAUUGGUUCUACUCUGAGUAGUUUGUUUUACAAUUGCUUUCAGUAGAAAGGGUAUUUAAUACUUCUUCUUCCAGGCUUUUAUCAUGAAGUAGAAUUUAUUUUGUUACGAAGACGGUGAAAUAUUGGAAAGUUCAAUUUUCACACGAUCCUGUCAUGCCUGUUAUUUAUAGAUUUCUUUUCAGUUUGUCAUCAGUCAGAUGUUAUCCGUGACAUUCUCAGCUGAAUACCUUGUCCAUCUUUAUUCACAUUUUUACCGAGGGGUACCGGUCUCAUUCCGCCUCUAGCAUCGCAUUUGUCCUAAACCUCUUCCUUCAAGUCAUUCUGGUUACUCGACUUUUGACAAAUAUUUACCUCCUCCCCUUUUUGUGAUAGUUUUUGUUCAUACUGUCCAGUGCUAAA